AUGGACCUGGGAAAAGUGAUUUACACAGGGAUGGAGGUUCUCAUUGCUGUUUUCUGCUGUCUGGGUAACAUGUUGGUGAUUCUUUCUCUGUGGAAAACCAAAAGCUUUCAGCAGCCCACCUUCUGCCUCAUUGUGUCUCUGGCUGUGGCUGACUUCAUGGUUGGAUCAGUGGCCAUCCCRCUGGCUGUGCUGGUGGAUGGGCACAUAAAAAAUACAUUCCAAAUGUGUCUCUUCAUCAGCUGUGUGAUCAUACUGUUGACUCUAGUUUCAGUCCUCUGCCUGCUGGCUAUUGCUGUGGACCGUUAUCUGCGGGUCUAUACCCCCCACUGGUACAAAAGGACUAUAACAUGGAGACAYUCUUACUUUGCGGUGGCUGUGUGUUGGCUCGUUGCMGUUCUACUCAGUUUAAUUCCCCUGUUUGGAUGGCAYGAARWSCCAUCUGAGCACAAAAAUGCUACGGUUCACUGCCAUUUUGCCAAAGUGAUUCCCAUGUCCUACCUGGUUUACUUUAACUUUGUUCUGUGUACUUURAYGCCRUUGUUGGUGAUGACUKCAUUGUACUGCUAUGUCUUCUGUAUCAUUCGCAAAAAACUCCGAGAGAAACCAGGCAGCGGUGCCCAAAACCAGUCGCAGAAAUACCUGAGGAAAGAGAAGCASCUGGCARCAUCUCUGUCUCUGGUCUUGGCYCUGUUUGCCUUGUCCUGGCUCCCCCUUCACAUCAUGAACUGUGUUGAAUACUCCCGGCCACRAAGUGURAAAGCCAUCGCUUUCCAUGCUGGCAUUSUGCUKUCUCAUGCAAAUUCUGCMRUCAACCCARUUUUGUAUGCCUUUAAAAUAGAAAAAAUUCGGACAGCUUAUUUAAGAUUCUGGAAACACAUUAWAUGUGAAGCAGAAAACCAAGCGUCUGAAACAAGAAGGAUGGAUGACAAUCCAAACACUAACAUGAGCAGUGAGACCAGAAAUGACUGAUUUAUUUGUGGAAUUUUUUUUCUUCUUCCAUGCUCAUCUCUUGAUUUG